GAGAGAGAAUGGCGGCAUCGACGACCCCUCAAGCUCAAGCGAUUCCACCGCAAGCUUCCAGGACGUUGAACCACUGCUUUCAUCCCCACCCUCUCCUUGAGAUCUACAUCAACCGGGAGUUCGAGUGCGAUGGUUGCAACGCCCUCGGCCAAGGAAGGCGUUACCGUUGCUCCGGCUGCAACUUCAACCUCCACGAACGCUGCGCCAUGUGCCCUCUCACUCUCUCCUCCCACCUCCACCCGAGCCACGCUCGAUCUCGUCUACCUGUCCCUCGGUAGGGUCUGCGACCUCUGCCGCAAGGAGGUUUGCGGCCUCUACUACAGGUGCGAGCCGUGCGGGUUCGACAUCCACCCGCUGUGCACGGACCUGCCGGUGACGGUGGAGUACGCCAUGCACCUCCACCCACUCCUCACACUCAGGUGUGGCGAGCCACGUAAAUGUGCGGUCUGUCAGCAGGUGUGUGAUUCCUGGCGGUACACCAGCCACUGCAAGGGGUGCCCCGUUGACGUCCAUCUGAAGUGCGCGUUGCAAGAGCCAGCGCCGGAUCGCCAGACCAGGACUGCUCCGGCGUUUUUGCAUCAUCAUGGAAGCCGCCGGAAGAAGAUUUACUUGAUCCUGGCCAAGAUCGUGGUGAAGGCUACCAUCGGCUGCUUUACUGGUUGGUGAUUUCGUAGUUCCGACCAAGGCACCUCUUUCAGGAUCUCGUGAAGUCUUCUCCCCACAAUAAUAAUCCGAUCAAGGUGCCACGUACCUUAUGUUCUACGAAAAUCUCCCUCAGCGUCGUUCUUAUCCUUCACAGACUCCUUUUGUUCAACUUUUUUGCACAUCGUCCAAAUACUACGGUCACCUUGCGCAUAUGUGAAUAUUUUUCCUGGCAUACCAUGUGUGGAGUAUUUGAGUACAAAACAUACCAUUCCAGUCCAUUUCCUCAAAGUUAGCCAUAUCUCUGAUUGAAUGGGAAAGCCCAUGUCAUUCCCCUGUAAGUUUUUAGAGAUUCGGUUAAAGGACACUAUGGAAGAGGGAAGAAAGGAAAAGGCCCAUUUUUCACGGCAAAGCUUCACAAUGCUUCAUCAGCAACGGAAAAAUACCCAAGCUGGACAAGAAAAGUCCUUGCCUUUUAGUUUCUUUUCAGAUGACAGUUUAGCUUCCCUAUUUAUAAAUGAGUCAAUGCUCCAGCUCUCACACUGCAGAGUCAUAAAAUAAGGGUAGUGAUGAAAAGGGGUUCAUCAAAAGGAUGUGAAGGUAAGUCUGUUCAAAGCAAUAGAUGUCCCUCAAAAUGAAAUGACUUGUACAGUUGUACUGUCUUAAAAAUACAGCUCAAGUCUAAGGAACCUUCAUUGCUUUCUCUAAUGUGCCUAAAAUUUCAUAUAUCAUCCCCAUUUGUGGAUGCCCUGGCGACCCCACAAGAAAUUCAUGCACAAUACCAUCUAUUUGGAUCCAGCUAUGCCCUGGCUGCUUCUUGACCCCCCUUUCCCUCAUGACCCACCUCAGAACCGAGACAUCAUCCCAUUGCCUGUCAGCUGCAAAUGCAUUUGCCAACAUCACAUAACCAGCAGAGUUUUCAGGGUCGACCUGCACAAGCUUUUUCGAUACA